AUGUCUUUAUGCGAUAACAUCAUUGAUAAUAUCGAUAUUAUCUCAAUCAAUCAGUCCAAUUGGCAGCUAAAUGAUACAUCCUAUGAACCAUUUGGUAACUGUGCACUUAUUAACGACAAUUCAGGAAGCCAACAACUUUUAUCAAUAUCUAUUGAUCCAAUUUACGAUUGGGAUAUCAUUAAAAACCAUUUAAAUCAAUUUGAGAAAGUUCUUUCUAGAUUUGAUUGCCGAGACAAGAGUCAAUAUCGUUAUUCUAUGAUUUGGAGAUGUAGUGAUUGUCAGGCCGUAUAUUAUAUUUGGCUAUAUCUAUCAUCUACUGUUAUUCAAGUCAAUGGCACCAUUAUUAAACCAUGUUUAGACGUUUGCAAUAGCGUCUUGCAAAGAUGUCCUUACCUUGCUGCAAGUUUACAGCACAGCUACGAUGGUGAAUCGGCAUUUGAUUGCCCAUCUGAGAACGCGGUACAAGCACUUGGAAAUAGCAGUUAUGCACUAACAAAUUGUAUUACAUAUAACCAGUCUAUGCUAGAUAUGGAGAAAAUGCAAUAUAAUCUAACGUGUGAAGAGAACAAUGUUUACAUGACUACCGAUGUAACCACAAUCAACAAAACGCUCCAUAAUAAUUUUGUAACUGAAAAAGAUUUUGCAUCCAAAUGUCAUUAUCGAUUGAACAGAACCAUGUAUGAAUUAUAUGUAAAAACUGCUAUUGUUAAUAGUGCAAUAGUGAUGCUUAUUAUCUUCGGACCAAUCGAUCCUUAUUCUUGGGCACUCAGUGUCUAA